GUCUUUUUCUUUCGCUUUAUCCUUUGUCCAUUUUCUUAUCCUUUUCUGGUACCUCUACCAUCCAUUCAUUAUGGUUUUAGCUGCGUUAUUUCAGCUUAGAAUAUGUUCCACUGUUAUCCUUGGCGAGGUUCAGUUUUUUUCUCAUUGAACUCAAUGCUGCUUCGGACUUGUUGAGGUCUAAACAGGAUAGGGGUAUCUGUUGACCGUUGAGGGUGCUAAUUAGAACUAUGGUGGGUGAAGCAGUGAAUGGGAGAUGGCUCAGUGGUCUGUUACCAGUCUCACGCAAGAGUGCAUCAGAUGGCAAGGAAGUGAUUGGGAUUUUGGCGUUUGAGGUUGCUGGUUUGAUGUCUAAGGUGGUUAGUUUAUGGCAUUCUUUGAGUAACAGGGAGAUAAUGAUUACGAAGGAAUGGAUAGUGAAAUCGGUUGGGGUGAAAAUGCUGGUGUCUGAUGAUGAAGAUUUCUUGAUGGAACUGGCAUUGAGUGAGAUACUCAAUAACUUUGAGUCUCUCGCUUGGUCUGUGGCCAGGUUGAGUAAAAGGUGCAAGGAUCCAGGGUAUCAUGGUUAUGAACAUUUUCUUCACAACCCUGCUCAACAUUAUGUUCAUUGGUCUGGGUGGGAAUAUGCAUGGAAAAAGAUGGAGAGGAAAGUGAAGAAAAUGGAUAGAUUUGUUGCUGCUAUGUCACUACUGUCACAAGAGCUUGAGGUAUUAGCUGAGAGAGAACAAACUUUCAGGAGAAUGAAGGCGAAUCGCCAGCUUCAUGGGGGGAAACUGAAACUGCUUGAGUUUCACAAGAGGGUCAUGUGGCAGCGACAGCAAGUGAAAACUCUGAGAGACAUGUCUCCGUGGAACAGAAGUCAUGACUAUGUGGUCCGGUUAUUGGCAAGAUCAUUGUUCACAAUUCUUGAGAGAAUCAUCCUUGUCUUUGGGCAUAGUCCUAUACCUAUGGAAAACCAGGAAAAUGAAUCCCUUACUCGCAGCCAUUCCUUCUCUUCUCUUAUGCAUUCUUCUAAGACUGAUUCACGAGGAUUCAGUUCACAACGUUUUGAGAGCAACAGCAAGCAAGGGUUUGAAGUGAACAAAACCAAGAACAAGAGCAAUAGAAAGAAGAAAAAGCAUCAAGUAGUGCUUCAUUCAGAAAGCAAGCAGUUCAAAAAUAUUGGGCCAUUCAUAGGUUGCAUGUCAGUUGAAAAUAAUUCUCCUGUGGCAAAGACUUGUAUGACAAGUAAUGUGAAGAACAUUGAGGAUAAAAAAUCUCUGAGAUGCAGAAGAAGAAUUUAUUUUAAGCUAUAUAUGAAGGAUCGGUUAAGGGCAGGUGAAUGUACCCUUGGUUUUGCAGCUUUAGCUCUUCAUUACGCAAAUGUGAUUGUGCUGAUAGAGAAGAUGGCAUCAGCACCACACCUCAUUGAUCAUGAAACAAGAGAUGAUUUGUAUGACAUGUUACCAGCCACUAUAAGAAGCGCUCUGAGGAGUAAGCUUAAGUGGUAUGCAAAGAGCACGCGUGCUUCUUUUCAUGAAACUGGUGUUGCAGUGGAAUGGAGUUUGGUGGUUUCACAUAUAUUGGAAUGGUUGGCUCCUCUGGCACAUAACAUGAUAAAGUGGUAUUCUGAGAGGAAUUUCGAGAGGGAGCAAUCUGGUUGCAAAGCAAACGUUUUGCUUGUGCAAACUCUUUACUUUGCAGACCAAGCAAAAGCUGAAGCUGCAAUGGUUGAACUCCUUGUUGGUCUUCACUAUGUGUGCAGGAUUCAUGGAGAGGCUCGCUUGAGAGCGGCACGGGAAUCUGCAGGGUCUAGAGUUUUUAGUAGUGAUCGUUUAAAAAAGAAUGAGUUGUACAAUAGAUGUUUUUAGGCCACAGAACAUUGCCAAUGUGAAUGUUACCUAUUGUGUACAGUUAUCAUUUUCUAAUGUAGCGUCUUCCCAGAAGUAUGAUAACACUUUUCAUGUGUCAAUAAGCAGAGAAUCACAUCAACCUGAUUCUGAGUUGCAUUUAGCUACCGUUGUUAGGUCAAAACCCAAUAUUGUCAAAUGUGCAAAUGUUUUGCGAAUACUGAAUCAUCGCAGUUGAAUCGCACCAAACAAAA